CCUUACCUUACCUCGAUAGCUGCAAUUUGGGCCAAGAUUACACCGGCGCAGGUCGGUUUCUGCUGCCGUUUGUCAACAACACUAAAAGAGGACUUAUCUAACCUGUUAGAGAUCUGAAGACGGACGUGUUGGUGGACUUUCAAUAAAUCAUGAGCUCACAUACUCUGUCCAAAGCUGAAUUGAUAGCAGCAAUCUCCUUGACGGUGGGGAGUGCAGCUGUGGGCGUCUUAGUCUAUAAAACAUUUUUCUCCAAAGAUAAGAGCUGUAAGUCCAGGGUAAACCUGGAUAUACAGAAAGACAACCCCAAAGUGGUGCACGCCUUUGACAUUGAGGACCUGGGAGACAAAGCAGUGUACUGCAGGUGCUGGCGAUCCAAGAAGUUUCCACUGUGUGAUGGCGCUCAUACAAAACACAAUCAGGAGACCGGGGAUAACGUUGGCCCUCUCAUUAUCAAACGGAAGGAGGCGUAAACGGUCAUCUCUGCGAUUCCCAACAGUGCAGCUGCAGAAACAAAAUCGUCUUGCUCUUAGAAAUAUUUAUUUCAUUCAAAUGUGAUACCAAUGAUCUCUUUGUGAUGUUUCAUGCUCAGAUUUGUUCAGUACCUGCCUUAUGUGCAGCUGUAUUAACAUAAGCACUACACACUCAUUUGAUCUGCUUUUUACAGUGUGCGCGUUGUUGGCUAGAUUAUCAUUUUUGGUAAGGAAAAGAAGGAGAGGGCUCUUGCCGGUGGUAAUUUGGGAGCCACUUUGUCUGCUUUAAACAGCGUGCAUAACGCUCAGGGAAAGGACAUUCACUGACACGAUUUACUAAGUACAGAGGCAUAUUUUUGUGGCUUUGUCAUGACUGUUGAUCAAUGUUUUUGUGACUGCUUUGUAUUUUCACAUCAUGGACCAUUGCCCAUUGACUUGCUUUGUUAACAGUGCUGCUUCAGCUUAAUGCUCUGUCUCAUCUGAUUAUAACAUGCCUGUUGGCUGGUCUCAAGUGGCUCUGUUUUACAUGAUCCUCUGAGUUCUUUUUUCAUCUUUUUCAUCUGCUCCAGCACUAUGUAUGUUGUAUAUCACUCUGGUCUUAAUUAAUGCAUUUGUGACGUAUUUGUCACAGAUCCUACAUUAUUAUCUGGCACUUAACUGAAACCAUUAUGAAUUUGAUACAAAUAAUAUGAAAUAAUUUAAAUAAAAUGAAGUAA